UCUGAUAAUCAAAUAUUUGCAACCAUGCGUUUCAUCCAGUCAAAUUAUCUUACAUUUUUAUCUCAAGAAUCUUUGAAAACUCUCAGCAACAAUUUUUUCACCUUUUCCUCUUUUCCUUCAGAACUAUGUGUCACUUUCUAAGACCAAAAAAUUCUGACCAUGGGAAUCAUGGGAAUUCUACGUCUGAACACUCAUUUGCUCCGUUUGACAAGGGACAAACAAGAGACAUUUUUGACUCUAAGUAUUCUGUCCUUAGCAGCAGUUCUGUCUUUUGCGACGAGGCUCUUCUCUGUUCUACGAUAUGAGAGUGUUAUCCACGAGUUUGAUCCCUAUUUCAAUUACCGAACAACAAAAUUCCUAACCGAAGAGGGCUUCUACAAUUUCCACAAUUGGUUUGAUGAUAGAGCAUGGUACCCACUGGGUCGAAUCAUUGGUGGCACAAUAUACCCAGGAUUGAUGGUCACCUCUGCAGCUCUCUUCCGACUUAUGUGGCUUGUCAACAUUACUAUUGAUAUCAGAAAUGUUUGUGUUUUCUUGGCUCCAUUUUUCUCCAGUCUUACUACAGUUGUUACUUACUGUCUAACAAAGGAAUUGUGGGAUUCUGGUGCUGGCUUGGUAGCUGCUGUUAUGAUAUCAAUAGUUCCAGGCUACAUCUCUAGAUCGGUGGCCGGCUCUUAUGAUAAUGAAGGAAUUGCCAUAUUUUGUAUGCUGUUAACUUACUACAUGUGGAUCAAGGCAGUCAAAACAGGAACCAUUUACUGGAGUACAAUGGCUGCACUAAGCUACUUCUACAUGGUAUCAUCUUGGGGAGGCUAUGUUUUCCUUAUAAAUCUUAUCCCACUGCAUGUCUUGGUGCUCAUGUUUACUGGACGGUUUUCUCAUCGCAUUUACUCAGCUUAUAGCACUCUAUACUGUGUUGGUACGCUGUUGUCAAUGCAAGUGAGCUUUGUUGGUUUCCAGCCAAUUCAGACAUCUGAGCACAUGCUGGCUUUGGGUGUUUUUGGUCUGUGCCAAAUCUUCUCUGCUGUUGAAUACCUUAAGAGUAAACUAAAUAAGGAAGAUUUUGAGGUGCUGUUCAGAGCCCUUAUUUGGGCUAUUGCAGGCAUCACUACUGUCUUUGCGGCAGUGCUCACCAUGAGUGGCAAGAUUGCCCCAUGGACUGGACGCUUUUACUCUCUCCUAGACCCCUCAUAUGCCAAAAAUAAUAUUCCAAUCAUUGCUUCUGUUUCUGAGCAUCAGCCCACAUCCUGGAGCUCGUUUUACUUUGAUCUUCAGAUAAUGGUCUUCCUGUUUCCUACGGGCUUGUACUUCUGCUUUUCCAAGUUAACUGAUUCUAACAUAUUUAUCAUUCUGUAUGGUGUUACCAGCAUUUAUUUCGCUGGUGUGAUGGUUCGUCUUAUGUUGGUUUUGGCUCCUGUUAUGUGUAUUCUUUCGGGAAUUGCUGUCUCUGCCAUGCUCACCAUCUACAUGAAACAAGUGGAUCCUUCUAAAGUUGCUGACAAAAAAUCUAAGAAGUUUGACUCACACUUUACAAUGAAGAGUGAAAUAGCUACUGCUUUUGUGGGAAUGAUAACCUUCUUGUUAAUUUCUUACACUUUCCACUGUACCUGGGUUACAUCAGAAGCUUACAGCUCUCCCAGUAUUGUUCUGUCAGCUCGUUCUCAAGAUGGUUCUAGGGUACUUUUUGAUGACUUCAGAGAAGCUUAUUACUGGUUGAAAAUGAACACACCUGAAGAUGCUAAAAUUAUGUCUUGGUGGGAUUACGGCUAUCAAAUUACUGCUAUGGCCAACCGGACGAUUUUAGUGGACAACAACACUUGGAAUAAUACACACAUCUCUCGAGUGGGUCAGGCCAUGGCAUCUCCAGAAGACAAAGCUUAUGAAAUAAUGAAGGAACUGGAUGUUGAUUAUGUGCUUGUCAUAUUUGGAGGAGUAAUAGGUUAUUCUUCAGAUGACAUUAACAAAUUCUUGUGGAUGGUUCGUAUUGGUGGUAGUACAGAAAGUGGUAGCCACAUCAAAGAAACAGAUUAUUACUCAUCGUCAGGGGAGUUCCGAGUUGACAAGGAAGGCUCUCCCACUUUGCUGAAUUGUUUAAUGUACAAAAUGUGCUACUAUCGGUUUGGACAACAAUUCACUGAAAUGGGAAGGCCUGCAGGUUGGGAUAGAGUCCGUGGAGCUGAAAUAGGUAAUAAAGAUUUUGAAUUGGAUGUGUUAGAAGAGGCCUACACCACGGAUCAUUGGUUAGUGCGCAUUUACAAAGUGAAAGACUUGCCGAAUAGAGGUACACGAUAAUAUGAAAAACUGAUUAUUCAAGACCGCAGAAGCAUCUUCCAUGUAUUGCAGAGUACAUGAAAAUCUUCAUAAUAACAUUUCAAUUUUUUCUUAAUCAGCCUGUUAAUCUCUUUGCACAAUAUUGAUUAUUGAUUGUAUUUUUGACUAGUAUCUACUGAUGACUUUGCAUAUGGGUGUAAAACAUUUUGGUAUGUGUUAUUUGGGAAGAUCUGAUUUUCAGGACAAGUUUGUUGUGUAAUAUAUUGUCCAUGGGUGCCUAUUACGAAUUGCCUCUAGAAUUUUAUGUUAGUGUGAUAGUGGAGCCGUGGAGCCCGUAACAGUACUUGGCUACUGCUUGUCUGUCUGGUGACAAUGUCAAAUUUUCUCCUUUACCCUUAAAAAAUCAGAAGUACUUUAUAUUUGAUUUUGAUGAAGUCAAACUAUACAGAGUGCUCUUGAUAUUUGUCUGCCAACUUGUAUUAACUUUCAUGAACUUUAGUGUUACUCUUACAUGUUUCUGCACACAUCGAAUUUUUGAGAAAUUUAACAUUUCCUUAUACUCAUUCACCAGUACUGUAACAGUUGCUGAUACUUUUUUUUGCCUUUGUAAAUUAAUUGCAACUUAUAAAGUCAUGUUACUGAUCUACAUUGUGCCUAGUCAUGACUAUGAGACUUGCCAGGAACUGUUACAAACUAGAAAUUUUAAAAAAAGUCAUUUAGGAACAUAUACAAAUGUUUUCGUACAUGCUGUUAUUAAGAUAGAAAGUUCCCCUUUGAAGAAUCAAGAUCAAUUAAGGGGGUUUAUCAAUGCUUAGAUAAGUGCUACAAGUGGGCUCAAACCUUAGUCUAGUUAACAUGUCCACUCUGAUUAAAUUGUGGAAGGAGAGUAUGGCUCUCCCUUUGUUGUAGGCAUGUAAAGAAAUGCACAAACUUCCAAAUUCACACCGAAGCUGAGUUGUUAUGUUUGUUUCGGUUUGUAGAUGGAAGACAAAGAAAGUGUAAAUAUUGCAUGCUGAGUAAGGUUUUAUCUAGUAUAGUAUUUUUGUUAUGGAUUCUACAGCUUCCUAAUGGGUUGGUCACUAGUUGCAAGGAUGAAUGACUGACAUGUGUGUAUGUGUUUCGCAUUGAUAAAUUAGCUGCAUACAGCCA